CAUCGCAUAGUUGCAGACAGUCGACUGCAUUGCAAAUUUGAAGAACAAAAAACAUUGAAAAUGUGGCAAAUACUGACGAUUACCUUAAUAUCAAUUGGUGUAACUGCCGGUAACGGGGUGUGCCCCAAUUUUGAAAGAUACAGACACAACCCUUCCUACUUGAAGUAUCUGGACGGUGAACUGGUCAUGGUAUAUACUACCUCCAGCUAUGUCCUCGAAUGCGAACAAAUUUCCUGGACUGUAUGUCCCAACGGUAAACGUACCGCCACGCUCAAAGAUGCCGCUGGCUGUCGGAGAGUAAUCGACAACUUUGACACCAGCAAUCCGGAAUACAUUCAGCAUACCAUGAGCCCUGUAACAACGUGUGUCAAGCUACCAUCAACUAGAAUAGUUAGGAAGAAAUUGUUCAAAAAGGUGACGACGUGCGACAAUCUUUGCAUAUUCAUUGCUAUUUGUUACCCUCGAAAUGGCAUUUUGGUUGCAUGUCGCAAGCCACCACGAGACAUCCUAAUGAGAAAUCUUGGAACAACACUGGCAAACUUGGUCGGCUCAUCGGCAUCAGUGAAACCCAUAAAUCAAGCAAACUGCGUAUUCGGUAGCACUUGUUCCCUUUAAAAGUUUUAAACGGAAGCCAGAAUGGGUGCAAGUACCAUGGACAUAAUGCUAAAUUACUGGCUGUUACAUUCGAAUUUUACAAUUAAAAUAGAGUAGACUCAGUG